AGCGCUGCAGCAGCAGGCGUUGCGGAUGCAAGCUAGGCUCAUGGCCGCCACCUACGCGCAGCCCUGCGGCCUGGUGUCCCGCCCUGCUGCCACACCGCAGCGGGUCGCAUUCAGUGCAGCAGGGGCUCGGGUGCUGGCGCGCGGGCGGCGGGCCAGGGUGGCCAGCGGCGGCGGCGGCGGCAGCGUGCAGGCCCCCUCCCUGGACGACCUCCGGGCGGGGCUGCAGGAGGCCAUCAAAGCCGAAGACUAUGGCACGGCGGCCAGGAUCAGGGACCGCAUCGCCCAGGUGGAGCAGGAGGACCCGGUGGUCACAGCGGAGCGGGAGCUGGAGCAGGCGGUGGCGGAAGAGCGGUUUGAGGACGCCGCCAAGCUGCGUGACCGGCUCAAGGAGCUGCGGCCCCCGCCGCCGCCCCCUCCCGCUGUGCCCGCAUUCGACACCACUGCCACCACCACCAGCGAGGAGGUGACGGAUGGCGUACGCGUGGUCUGUCGCUCCUUCUUCGUUCCCAGCGAGAGCUCGCCCGCCCGGGGCGCAUACUUUUUUGGCUACCAAAUCAGCAUCACCAACGAGAGCCAAGAUACCGUGAAGCUGAUGGAGCGGUACUGGCACAUCACAAAUGGGCAGGGGCAAAGCCAGGAGGUGCGGGGCCCGGGCGUGGUGGGCGAGCAGCCCGAGUUGGCGCCAGGCGAGACUUUCCAAUACCAGUCUGCGUGCCCGCUGCCCACGCCGCGGGGUAAGAUGAAGGGUCACUUUGAGUUUUACGCGCGAGACGAGGAAACGCGGCAGUGGAACAGGUCCUUCCUGGUGAACAUCGGCACCUUUGAGCUGCGUUCGGAUGUGUGAUGGAACCACUUUCGCCACCUUGUCCCACGCCUCUUGAAUGUGCGCUGCCCUUCCUCUGCUUCCUGUUCUCCAUCUUCUCUUUCUGAAUGCCUGAAUGAAUGCACACAAUCACUAGUCUUUACAUCGUCUGUUGUCAGCCUUUUCCAUUUCUGUUCCACUUGCCUGCUG